AUGGCCGAACUCCCGACUCCUCCAGCAUCCCGCCCGAGCUCUGAAUCACCGGAGCUUCAUCUCAAGCACUCUGACGAGACCGAGUCCUCUGCCAAAACCUUACAAUUGCUGGACCAUUCUCUGGAAAGAUAUCUUCUACUUCUGGAUCAGCAUCAAAAACUGCAGGCAGAUCUCGCCAAAAAAUUAUCUUCGGGAUUCUUCUCCCUUGCGCAUGCAAAUUACACUUGUCCGCCCGGUCGACGAUAUGGCGCUGAUUACUAUGACGAACGUAUGAAGGCGAUUAGGAGAAUGGCAAUACGAUCGCCUCCAUGCGCCGAAGAAGAAAAGAUCAUGAAUGGGGCUGAGGACGCCCCGCAGGGAGAGUGUCCACCAAACGAGUACAGGCAGAUCUUUACGAUUGAUGAGACUACGAACAACCAGCGAGUCGAGGAGCUAGCAACGAGUAAAGGCAAGGAAGAAGCCGACUCGGAAGUCGGCAAUGCGCGACAAGUCGAUCCGAGUGCGACGUCAGACCCCGACUCCUCAAAAGAGCGAUCUCGCUUCUCUGACCCUAUCCACUGGUACGGGAUCUUGGUUUCCCCUUCUCUUCGCAGCGCUCAAAGGUCUUUCACGGAAGCUAUAGAGCAAUAUUCGCCCAAGCUUGCCAGUGUGGUUGUGGAGAUGCAGACUGUGGAGAGGGAGGUCGAGCGGCUGCGAAAUCAACUGCGAUGA